AUGGUUUGCAUCAGUCAUAUGGUUCACAUCGCCAUUCUAGGUGCUAGCCUUGCUGCUGCGAAUCCUAUUCCCGGAGGUGACCACUACCCGGAAAAGGAGAUCAAAACCGUCACAGUUACCGAGUAUAAAACGGCAUACAAACCAGUCACCGAGUUCAAAGAGAUCACCAAGUUCGUGACUGUCAACCAUCCCGUCACCCAGUGGAAGACCAUGACGAUAACGGAUUAUCCCAAGCCUGUAACGAUUACCGACUACAAGCCAGUGACUGUUGUCCACACGCAGGCCGUGACUAUUACUGCUGUCAAGGAGGUCAUCGUUACUAAGACUGCUGUCCAUGAAAAGCCGGUCACGCAUUUCCAGACCAUCACCGUUCCAGGAAAACCCGUGCCUGUGCCGACCACUAUCGUCAAAGUGCAAACGGUCACCAGUAAGUGCGAACCAAAGAAACACGACGGUGGAAAGUACCCCGAGGGGAAAUAUGACGACGGAAAGGGCUACGAUGGAAAAUACGGUGCCGGGAAGGACGACGGAAAGAAGGAUGAUGGAAAAAAUGAAAAAAAUGACAAUGAGUCCAAGGGGUACGAUACCAAGGGUGACUAUUAG